UUUGGGACACAUGUAUACGUUUCAAUUAAUUUAUACCAGUAGGUGGCGCUAAAUUUUAAAAUUUUGACAAUUAUUAUGUAAAACAACACCAAAGAUGUCUAGAUUAAAUUUAAUUAAUUUGUGCAGAAAAUCGCUGCUUAAUAAUGCAAAUUCGAAAGGGAAUAUAAAUCCUAUUAGAUGUGUAUCAGCAGCAAUUAAUGAAGACCAAGUUACGCACACCGGCCAGCAAUGGAAAUCCGAUGACUACAGGCUGUCUAGAUUUGUAAAUAAAUCGAAGCAGGUUAAUCCAAAUUUCGCCGUCAAGUUAAUAGAUGAAGUUCCACCGACUCCUAGUCACGAACGUGUCGUUUGGUGCAAUGGAGGUGGCGGGCCUAUGGGCCAUCCCAAAGUCUACAUCAAUUUGGAUCAACCUGGGAAUCAUGCAUGUGGAUAUUGUGGGUUGAGAUUUGUUUAUGAACCGAAACACUAAUGUGGAUUAUUUAAGUUUUAUAGUAAUUAAGUAGAUACUGAGAAAAUAAAUAUAUUCUAAUUGUACAAAAUGA